GCGCACGCACUCUGCGAUAGACUUGCGCCGAAGAGAGAGGAGACCGCGCUCCUCGCGAUUAACCGACCCUUUUCACUCGACGCCGCCGCUAGCGGUCUCGGCUUGUGGGUGUGUGUUUCUUUCUCCCUGUGUUCGUGUGUGUAGGUGCGUGUUCUCGACUCGGUGCUUCUCCUAGGCUCCCAUCGAGGAAACGUCGUCCGGCGAAGUGAUACGGCUUAUGAACGCUCGGAGAGGGUUGCCGGUGGGCCCUUGUAGUUUGUGCAUCUACCUCAGCGGGGGUCUGCGUCUUGGGAUUUAGUGGUUCGUAGUCGGUGCGGUUUCGACGCCGUCCGCUCUCCCGUGUUCUACCUUCGUUGUUCAUCGACAGGAGUCUACUCACCGCCGGAUUGUGCGGAUUGCCAUGGUCUGUGAUACUGGCCGCGCGGGCUGAAGAUCAUUGGAAACUUUCGAUUCCGUGUGUUUUGAGGGGAGGAGCGUCGCCUUCGGCCUCCCGUGGGUGAUCAGCGCCGCUGGUAGCGGCCGCAGCAGUGUCACCGCCGGCCGUGGGGGCAUGCCUCGCGAGCUGGCCGACGUGCAAGUGGUGUCCAGGAUGCCCGUGCCGUCGUCUAUGUACUCGUCGCGCUCGUCGCACCUCUACUCGUCCACGUCGUCGCUGCGAUCGACGAGCCUCGACCGGCGGUCGGCCACCCUGCGCGACAGCUCCAGCUCGAGCUCGUCCUCCACCUCAAGCAGCAGCUACAUUUCGCGCCUGCCGCCCAGGCCGUCGUUCGAGCACCGAUCCAAGGUGGUGUCCGACCUGCCGCGCCUGUCGUCGCGCGUGGUGCUCGACGUGUCCUCGGGCAGCCGUCGCAGCCUGACGCGCCAGCGCUCGGGGGACGCCAUCUCGGACGCCGGCUCGCCCGUGCUCACCCGCUACCGGGACCUGGGCACCGACUCGCCCUCGUCGCGCGCCAGCUCGCCGGCCCGGCGGCUGCUGGACGAGAACUGCAACCGCGCCUCGACCCCGACACGCCGCCUGGACUGGAACCACAACGUGUACAAUGGCGGCGGCGGGGGAAGCCACUCGCUGCCGCCCGACAGUCCCGGCAGGGACUCCGGCGCCUCCAUCUCGCCGGCCUCGUCGCGCCACUGGCGCAACCUCGGCUCGUCCACCAGCUCGGUGGACUCCGGGGGAUCCUCGUCGUCCGACUGCUCGCCGGGACUGAGGCGCGCCCGCAGGCUGUCGCUCACCUCGGAGGAGAGCUCAAGUGGGGUCAGUGUUGGAAGCUCAAGAUCCCGAGAUCAUCUGGACAAGGCCCCACUGGGGCUUCGGAACCUUGGCAACACAUGCUUCAUGAACUCGAUAGUGCAAUGCCUGGCACACACCCGACCCCUGCUUGAGUAUUGCCUGAAGGACGGCUAUGUCUCCGAAAUAAACAGCAGCACCUCUUCCAUGAAGGGGGCCCUCUUUGAAGCCUUCGCAACACUCAUGAAGUCAAUUUGGAGGUGCAGCAAUGGUGAAUAUGCCAUCAGCCCUCAGGCAUUUCGCAGCCAAAUACAGAAGUUUGCACCACGUUUCAUGGGCUACAGUCAACAAGACUCCCAGGAGUUCCUGCACUAUCUACUGCAAGGUCUUCAUGAGGACAUUAACCGAAUCACCUCAAGGCCAAGGCAUCUCACCACGGAGAUAGAUGACAAUCUCAGUGAGUCUCAGAAAGCAGCAGAGGCCUGGAAAAGAUAUCUGCGAUAUGACGACAGCAAGAUUGUGGACUGCUUCGUUGGCCAGCUGAAGAGCACGCUCAAGUGCAGUGUCUGCGGCCACAAAUCGGUGACCUUCGACCCCUUCUGGGAUCUCUCCCUCCCGAUACCCAAGAGCUCAGACCCUGUCACAAUCCAGCAAUGCCUGAGCCUUUUCACCAAAGAAGAAGUGCUCGACGGUGACGAGAAACCUACUUGCUCUCACUGCAAGACCCGUCAGAAAUGCACGAAAAGCUUUACCAUCCACCGGUGUCCAAAAAUUCUUGUGCUUCAUCUAAAGCGAUUCUCUCCCAGUGAGAGGUUUCGGGCGAAGCUGAACACUCGUAUCGAGUUCCCACUGACGAACCUUGAUCUCUGCCCAUAUAUGUCCAACAGUCAUUAUGUGAUGUACAACCUGUACGCGGUGUCUAAUCACAGUGGCUCAACCUACUCUGGCCACUACACCGCUACCUGCCUGCACCCCAAGUCUGGUGAAUGGCACGAAUGCAACGACACAAAGGUCUCUGAAGUGAGUGCUUCACGCGUUGUUUCGUCAGAAGCAUAUGUGCUGUUCUAUGAGGCAGCCACACAGUCGUCGCGUCUCUGAGGACACGCCCCCGCAGUGCCUUCUGCCUUCCCGGACAGGUGGCCCACGUGGCGAACGGGCCACCGGGCACGGCCGGGCCACUGGCAGACGCACUGCUCCCUCUGGCAGCCCACUGCCGAGGAGGAGGAUGACAACACAGACAUCGCCCGUCCCACUUCGACGCAGUCAACACCUGCAGCUACGCCGCACCGCAGCCGUCAGCGGUCGUGAUGAGCUGCCACCCAUGCCGCAGUUCAUCUGAACAGGUCACACAAAAAUAGCGGGCUCACAUUUGUUAAGCACCGACUGCAGAAAGGCCCACUUCACAUCCUGUGCUGACGGCAUUGGUUCCUGUGCACACCAGCCAGGAGGGACGGCAGCACUAGCCAACGCUUGUGAUGAGCACUGUCAGCUACCCUGUUCUCUUGGGAAAUGUUGGCCUGCUAUGGACACGUAUGUGCAGCUGCACAAGUGACACUUGUGAGUGAAUGCCAACUGCCCACCCUUCUACUGAACUCGUGUCCCUUUGUGACAUAGUGGAGCUUGUGCUCGAAUAUAUGUUGCUUUCGUGUUUUCUGUUACCGAGAUGUUUCAGUUGAACACGUGUGGAGCUCUCUCGAGCUGAUUCUUCACCCAGCUGCAUUGGUGGGCUGAUCUGCCAUGAAGAAAGUUAAGUGAAUGGGGCUGAAAGGAGUCAUACAGGGCAAACACUUCAAAAUGAAGGCAUGUUGUUCAUUGUGGUGGGCUGCAUAGAUGAACAUAUUUAUCGCACUGUGCGCAACUGAGGCAUCGCGGGUCAGCUCUAGCUGUACAGUAGUGUUCCAACCUAUUUUUAACGUGCUCCACCUUACAGUUAAUGGACCCACGCAGACUGCAUGCCACAGGUUACAAUAGUAAAACGAGAAACAAAAGCAGCUUCAUUCUUUUUUCUUCCUUGAAUGGCAUACCUUGAACUCCUCCAUAGGUGGUUCCCUCUACUAGAAAAAAAAAAAAGUGAUUGCAUAGUCCUUGCCUGGAAGUAGCUUGUUUUCAACAAUUUCUAUAUAGUUCACAUGACGGUAUCGUGAGUAGCAAGGUGAUGUCUGUAAAAUGAUAGCACCUUGGCUGCAGAGAAUGAAAUAUUCUGCCAGUGCUUGAGAACAGGGACUCGAAAUGUUUCUGCAACAUUUGCCAGAAAUCACAAAUUGGGGAGGCCUUCUUUCCUGGCAGUCACACACACAUCAAAAUUAUACCACUGGUAAAAUCGAAACUCUGAGCGUUCAUGCCUGUGCUAAUGUCGCUGGCCCCUGUAACAAUGUUUUGUGCCAUGAGUCACGCUACUCACGACCGAAAAUUUUGAUCAAACUGCCAGCACCCCUUGGUUCCUUGCAACUUUUUUCGUGGUAGUUUGGCAGUUCUGGGUACACCUACUGCUAUGUGCUUUUUCUAUCUGUGGACAUGAAGUCAAGACUGCAAUCAAGCCAGUGAAAAUGUGGUGCUUGUGGAUGGUCUAACGAACAAAUCUUGCUUGCAUGACGAAUUCUUUUUUUUUUUUGUACCUUGCACCCUUGCCCCAUUGGAAUUUGUCACUUUUUUCAGGUAAUUUGUGUGUGUGGGUGUGCACAUGUCAGGCUUUGGUUUGUGCAUUGACGAGUUUGCCGCAGCUGCUGUGAAGUUGCCAGUCACAUAGUAUUUCUUGUCAAGCUUGUUGACCUAGUGCAGAUGCAUCGUCCCAUGUGCACAUGCUAGAGCAUUUGUUACGCCAUUCUGUGUGAGCAAAUCGCUGAACAGUGCAUUGAGAAAACAGUGUGCUACAAUUAAAUGGUGCCCCCCUUCUGGACUAUCUAGCACCAACCUCGUAGUAUAGUUCACUUUCUCUUGUUUCCAAGCAUUCAAGCAGUGUGCCGAGUGAAUGCGAAGCUUGGAACUGUAAUACUUGGUGGCGCAAAGCAUUCUCGAAGAAAGCUACUGUGAUAUGGGUGUGUGUGUCUAAGGUGUGCACUGUAGCCAUCGUCAUGCAAGGACACCAGCAUUGCAGCCACAUUGUGAGAGGGCAGCAGGUCAGUGUGUUUGGGCAGCUGAGUUGUGUGUGGAUCUGGGGUGCUAUUCUCGGUAACAUGAACAAAGAACAUGAGAGCAACAAGGGUGACCCAGGUUAUCUCGCAUCAUACAUGAAGUGCUACUAUCUGCAUGCAUGUAUGUGGCUCAGACAUCGCUGGGUCUGAAAGUGCCGAGGGCUUUUCCCCUUGACAUGAAUAGGUGCACUCUUAUUUUCAGUUCCCUAGCUAAAGCGACGGAAGUCUUGCAGUUUGAUGGCAUUGCAGAGUGAAAGAGAAACUGCAGAUGUAAUUGACUGCUUAAUGAAAUGCUAUAUAUAUAUAAAUAUAUAUAUAUAACCACACGUUUGUAUAUAAGCAUGUUUAUUCUCAAAGUAUGUCCUAUUUAAGAAAAGAAGCUGAAGUUCUCAGAGCAGUGGGUCAAGAGAGAGUACUCCCUCUUGCUCUUGUUUUUGUUGAAAUUAUUUUUUUGUGUUUUUGAGUGCAGGAUGUGUUGGUGUCAGCCAACUUGGCACUCUGUUGGUAAACUCUUGAGCACGGCCUGCUAUAGCGGCUUUAAUUAGUGUUCAGAGCAAGUGCAGGCUUUUGUUGUUUCAAGCAAAGUUCUAGCAUGGCAUCUGCCAACCUUUUGCUAUUUAGGGGUGCCAAUGUUGUUUUUAAGUGUGUUGUGAGUGAAGAUAUGAGUUUUAUUUUUUUCUUUAGAAGGUGCGUCCAUUAGAUCUUAGAACUUUAUCACCUUUUAACACUGUUUUCAUACAUGGUUGCUUUAAAGCAGUAGCCUUAUUUUUUUCUUCUUUUUUCUGUGAUGGCAUUUUUUUUUUCUUCCCUGAUGCUUUAGCAUAUUGUUGAAUGAAAAUGACUGGCUUCACGAGUGCUUACUACUUGCCAUCAUGUGAAAAAUCCUAUUGUGCAUGAAAAAGUGAUUCUGCAAGUUAUGGGAUGCGCGCUUGAAUCCCACCCCAUGAGCUUCAAUUUCAUUGAUUUUGACUGUGAAUAUAUUUAAAAGAAAGCCAUUAUUUGCUGAUUUGUUGAGCAGAGAGUGCUGUUUUCACUUCUCCGCUCGGUCUUGGUCAUUUUAGCUGCAGUGAUGUGGCAUAAUUUGUUUUCAGGCAGACACUUAUGCUCAUGACAAGAUACUAGACCCCAGUUUUGAUUGCAGAUGCUUUUGGAAUCUCUGCAAUGCACGACUUUAUUGAAAUUCCAAAAUUAAAGAGUCGGAAUUUUCCUGCUAUUUAUAAACAAUCGGUACCUGUCCCACACUAGUGAAGGCAAGCACUCUUUGAUAUUCAUGGUUAUAUUGCGCUCAGUU